UUUCAACACGAAAUUUUUUGUGUUUACGUUCAUGACUUGAAAAGGCAUGUGUGUCGGCGGCUCAGUAUAGUGCAAUAAUUUAUCGUGAUCUGAAAUAAAAUCUGUGUGCUUCAUCAUGAUCAGACUUUAAUCAGAUAGCUUGCCAAUUUUCAUCUCCACUCUCUAAAGUUCAACCUCAAACGAAAGCAAAGUUCAAACAGACAUCAUCAUCGUUCGCUCCUCUUGUCACUGCAUCGUCGUCUAGGUUUAGUUCUGCAUCAUGUAUCUACUCAUUUGUUUUGCGUUCCUUUUCAAGGCCGGUCAUGCCUUGUACCCUUCAAAUUCUGAUGUCAUUGAUUUAACUGAACGAAACUUUGAUGAACUUGUCACAAAAAGUGAUAGCUUGUGGAUUGUUGAAUUCUAUGCACCAUGGUGUGGACACUGUCAGCAGUUUGUCCCUGAAUAUGCCAAAGCAGCUAAAGCAUUAAAGGGUAUUGUUAAAGUAGGAGGAGUGGAUGCAGAUCAACACAAAGGCUUAGCUGCUAGAUUUUCUGUUCAAGGAUUUCCGACAGUAAAAAUUUUCGACAAAAAAUCCAGCCCAACAGACUAUCAAGGUGCCAGACAAGCCAGAGCUAUUGUCGAUCAAGCUUUAGAGACGUUGAAGAGCAAAGCAUACACUCAGUUGACUGGGAAGCCCUCAUCGGGAGGAAGUGGUGGAAAGACCAAGGGAAAUCCUGCUGAUGUGAUAGAACUGACCGAUGCCAAUUUUGAUAAGUUGGUACUCAACUCGGAAGAUAUCUGGCUCGUUGAAUUUUAUGCCCCAUGGUGUGGACAUUGCAAAAACCUUGCUCCUCACUGGGCUGAUGCUGCUACACAGCUAAAGGGAAAGGUUAAAUUAGGAGCUUUAGACGCAACUGUUCACCAGCGCAAAGCAAGUGAAUAUAAUGUUAGAGGUUAUCCAUCGAUCAAAUAUUUUGCUGGAGGUAAAAAAGACUCUUCCUCUGCUGAAGAUUACAGCGGAGGCCGCACAGCCUCUGACAUCGUAGCCUUUGCCCUUGAAAAACAUGCAGAAAAUGUUCCUGCGCCAGAACUUGUACAGGUCACAAGUACAUCUGUAGUCAAGAGCGCUUGUGAAGAGCAUCCUUUGUGCAUUGUUGCUGUUUUGCCACACAUAUUGGACUGUCAGUCGGAGUGCCGUAAUAAUUACAUCAAAAUGUUAACAAGUUUAGGUGAAAAGUUCAAGAAGAAGCUCUGGGGGUGGGUUUGGUCGGAGGCUGGUGCUCAGCCAGACUUAGAGGCAGCAUUAGAUAUUGGAGGAUUUGGCUAUCCUGCAUUAGCCGUUUUAAAUGCCAAAAAAAUGAAGUAUUCAAUUCUUAGAGGCUCUUUCUCUGAAUCGGGCAUCUCAGAAUUUCUCAGGGAUUUGUCCUUCGGACGUGGAACAACCGCUCCUGUGAAAGGUGCGAAGCUCCCAGACAUUAACUCAAUAGACCCUUGGGAUGGAAAAGAUGGAGAACUACCCCCAGAAGAAGAUAUAGAUCUUUCUGAUGUCGAACUUGAUGAUAUAAAACAAGAUCUGUGAGCUGUUAAUAUCUCAGAGUAAAUGUAUCAAAUGCCACUAAUAUUUGUCAAGUGCUUAACUCCCUGUUUUUGACCGUGUAAAAAGUUUGUGCAUUUGUAACCUACUUCUUAGUUCAAACGUGUAAAAAAUCAAGUCAUUAGGUUUUUUUGUCUAGUAGAGCUCCCGUUUUAAGUCUAAUUUGGACAUCACCAACUGAACACGAUCUAUCUACAUCAAGAGUUUUGAAAUAUGACCGAUCUCUACACUGUGGUGCUCAAGCCUACAUGUUCUUUUUUUUUCAGAAUUCCCACCCAGAUAGAUCGGGUUUACUUAGUCUUGUCCAUUCGUGAUCUUAAUAUUAUGUACCUCUCUUCACUUUUGUACUUGCUUUUGUCUAUUUUCAUACCGGAACUAAUUCAUAUUUUAAGUUAUUUGUAGAAAAUUUAUCCUGAUAAUGUGAUGUUUUAAUCCUUAGUUUAGUAAAAGCUUCCUUCAUUCCUACAAAGACCAUUUUCAAAGGAAUUUAGAAGCAAUGCAGACUGUAUGUAAGUGAUCGUACUUUUUCGCGUAUCCUAAGCUUGCCAUCAACAUUAUUUUUUCUUUUCGGAUCGUUUUUAUUUCCAGUAACUUACUUGAGAACGAAGUUGAGGUGUAUUGUCAAUUAAAUUUGAGUAUCUGUGUUUGCCUUAAUGGGAUCUAUUCUCAUCAGUUCAUUUUACGUUGAUCAGAUCGAAUUUUCAAAAAUUUUACAGCAGAGGAACUUUUGUUAAGUUUUACCUCUCUAAAGAAAUAUUUUUCGCCCAACAUUCAAUUACUAUAUCAUUAGGCUCUAGUUAUUUUCUUUUUUUAAAUACUCUUCCCACCUAAUGAUUGAUUCAAUUUGUUUCCAAAAGGGUAAGGCAAUGUCUUCCACAAAAAUUGUCCGUAGCAACGAAAAACUAUCUCUCCGAGCUUAAAAGCAUUUGUCUUGUAUAAUGUAUCAGUCGUUUGGAAAAUAGUUUUCUUAGGAUAUUUGUGUAUGGUUCUAUUUUCUUUUUUUCUGUACUCUGCAAUCACUCUGUAAUCUUCUCUCACUGCAUCAUAAAAUCUUAAUUAGAUCCAGAUGUGUUUUAGCAUUUGUAGAAUGAAUUUUACAAUCCAAUGAUUCAUUUAGAGUCUAUCUGUGAUUUUUUCUUUCUUUGAUUGUAUCAUUCUCAUUUGUAUUACUGUCAAGUAACUAUGUCUACAUUCAACUUUUCAAUCAGAAGGUCUCAUCAAAUGUUUCAUUUAAGAAAAUAGUACCGAAAAAUGUCUUCACUUAUUUUCCGUGGAAGUGCAUCACAACUUUUUGAAAUUUUGUAUAUGGACAUUCUUACUUUCGAUUGUGUACAAAACAAAUUUACUGAUUAAAUUUUAUUUGAUUUUCAAAACUUC